GGUCAUUUGAAUGGUCACUGCAUUCACUCGUCGUCUGUUUCCCGAGUUGAAGGUUUCGCCGUCGUCUCUACGAACAAACCCUAGCUCUCUCCGCUUCUCACCCUCCGCUCGCCGAGAUGUCGACUUUCGUCCCUACGUCGGAGGAGGAUCCGGUGCUCGCCGUGGUUCGAUUCACUUCCGAGCUUUCCUGGGCCGACGCAGGGCCUGAGGUCGCGGACACUCAGGUGAGUGGGUUAUGCAUGGAAGCGGAAGAGUUCAUGCUUAGUGGCAGAUGGCUGGACUUGGCUUCUCUCAUCCUAACGACGGUUGACUUGAUAACAUCUCGUGUAUCCGAGAAAGAUCUUGAGUGUAUCUUCACUGUUAUUUGCAAUCUGGUAACAAGAGCCAAUACGCCUGAUGAAGCAUUGGAGAUGGCACAGUUGAUAUCUGCAAAAGUUGUCCAACAACCAACUGAUAGACCAGCUUUGAGAUUAAAGAUUUUGUUCAAUCUCUACAAUCUGCUAGAAAACCCAUACAGCAAAUUCUUUGUCUACACAAAGGCACUUGAUUUGGCAGCCAGUGGGAAAGUUACUGAAAACAUCAUUCCUUCAUUUAAAAAGAUAGAUAGUUUUCUGCAAGAAUGGAACAUUGGAAGGUUGGACAUGAGGCAGCUUUUUCGGUCUAUUUCUAAUAUUUUGAAGGAUAACAAAAGUAUGGCAAAAGAUUCUUUUGCCUUCCUGACAAGGUAUUUGGCCACUUUUUCUGGUUCUGGUGAGGAUGCCUCUUCUAUGAACGAAGCUAAAGAAGAAGCUGUUCAAGCUGUCGUUGAUUUUGUUAGAUCUCCUGAUAUAGUGCAGUGUGAUUUGCUUGAUUUGCCCGCUGUAGCACAACUGGAAAAGGAUGCAAAAUACUCAUUGGUUUACCAGCUUUUGAAGAUAUUCGUUGCCCAAAGGCUGGACGCAUACUUAGAUUUCCAUGCUACAAAUGCAACGUUGUUGAAAAACUACGGUCUAGUUCAUGAGGACUGCAUUACAAAAAUGAGGUUAAUGUCACUGCUAGAUCUCAGUUCCAACGAAUCUGGAGAGAUACCAUAUUCUCUUAUUAGAGACACUCUACAGAUCACGGACGACGAGGUAGAAUACUGGGUUGUUAAAGCAAUCACCUCCAAGCAUCUAAGCUGUAAGAUGGAUCAGAUGAAUCAAGUUGUGAUCGUCAGCCGACAUACAGCGCGGGUAUUUGGCUUGUCAGAGUGGCAAAACAUUCAUUCGAAACUCGGUAUUUGGAAGCGCAACAUUGCAAAUGUGAUCAGCACACUUCAAGCAAACAAGAUAUCUGAAGGAGUACAAGGAGUGCAAGGACAAGUCAUUCGUUGAACUAUGCAAGUUUUUGAAAUUUUUCUAGGAAGUUCAUGUAUUCUUCUUUGUAAUGUUUGAGAAAGGAUUCACUCUUAAAGGAUUUGUUCUCCAUUCGACUUAUUAUGGGUCAAUGAUAUAGUGACUUUUGAAGUUCAAUGUUGUCAAAUGAUAUUAUGGAGUUAUAAGUUUAGAAAAUUUUUAAAGAUCGAAUCAAA